AUGGUGGAAGAAGAAUCAGAAAGGUCUGAAGAAGAUUCAGCUAGGUCUAAAGAAGAUUCAGCUAAGUCUAAAGAAGAAUCAGAAAGGUCUGAAGAAGAAUCAGAAAUGUCUAAAGAAGAAUAAGAAAAUGAAGAGGUGGGAGAUGAAGAUUCAAACGAUAGCAAAUAAGUAUAAGAAUAGCAAGAAAACUUAAAAUAAGAGGUUGAAUAGGAAAAAGACGAAUAAGAAGAAGAUGAAGAAGUACAACAACAAGAAGUUGAACUAGAAGAAGAAAAUGAUAAAAUUCAAAAGAAGCUAAAACAAAUAAAAAUUUUAGCUAAGUAGAUCAUCAUUAUACCUCAUAGAAAUAAGCUCUUAGUUGAAUAUUAUCAUGAGACAAAUGAUCAAACUAGAUCUAUAGAUUACAUUAAUUUGGAUACUUAAGAGAUUCUAAAAACUGUUUGCUUAAAAAAUGUUUAUUAUGAGAUACAUAUAUUUGAUGAAACUUGA